AAUGUCAUUUAUAAUGACUCACUAUGUAUGUAUCGUGAAUCGCACAAGUGUUUUUAAUUAUAAGUGGAUUGUUUUAUUAUUUGAUUCAUCAGUUUUAAUAUAAACGUUUAAUGUAUUCUAAGAAGAAAGUUAUACUGGAUUUUUUUUCAAAACUGUUCACAUCUGUUAGGGGAACAGUCAAGUCAACUGUCAUGCGCAUUGUAUACUAUACAAUCGUAUCUCUCUCCAUUCACUGAGUAUAUUUCACGCUUCGUGCGGGAUAGCGCGGGAUGUUCCGCAGAAUUUAGGGUGUCGCGCGACCUAACCUUCAAUAUAUUACAAUUUAUCUUUGUUAAAGUAUAUUUUUCCAGACUUUUUAUUUUAUUUUAUACACAAACAUGAAUAUACUUGAGGAUCCUGUUUUUAAAACAAACUACCAAAAAUACAAGGUUCGCGUCAAAUUAUGGGAAAGUCGCUUUACGGAAAAACAUGGACGUAAACCAAACAAGAAUGAUAUAAAGGAGGCCGAUAUUAAAAUAAAAGAAGCAUACAAGAUGUACUGGAAACUAAAAACACGUGCCUUAGAGGAAACGCUUAUAGAUAUUACAUUUUCAGACGAAGUACAAGAUGUUAUUUCUAAUGAAACCAUAACGCAGAUAUCUGACAAUGAAAAGAUUGAAAAUAAAAUAUCAAUGCAUGACAAUAAGAAUAAUAUUGGCGAUAUAGUUGAGAAAAGCAUUGAAAAUAUGGAUAAUCCUAAAGAGGAAAUAGAAACUGUAGAAAAAACUAACAUCGUAAGUACUGAUACAAUAGAUAUAAAAGACGAUAAUAUUAAAGAAAGUAUAGAAGAGAAGAAUGUUGAUGACACAGGAACAACAGAUGCAGAUAAUAUAGUUAAGGAAACUAUCACAGACACAGGAACAAAAGAUACAGAAAAUAUAGAUCCGUGUUAUAAUAAAAAUCACUCUACCGUUUAUGAUUCCACACAAGAAGAAACAGAUUUGAAAAAUGUGAAAGAUGUGUGGGGCGACCAUUUGAGUAAAAGCAACGAACAAGUGCCUAAGAAAAGACAGUCUCUAAUUAUAAACAGAUCAUCUUCCUUUCAACUAUCGCAGAAUAAAUUUCAAGGUUCGAACUUCACAAAAAGAAAUCCGAGAAAGUCUUUAUCCAUGGCAAAGUUAAAAGCCAAGCCUGAAAAAAGCUUUGAUUCUGCUGCAAGUAGUAAUAACGAACAAAUCACAAGCACAGAUACAAAUAGUAAUGAUGGAUUUGACAUCCCUGAGGAGAUGCAAAGCAUAUUUGGAAAUUCAAUGAAAGUUACUCUAAUCGAAGACAAACCAACAACUCAAUCUAUCAGCACGGUACAGAAAUUAAUCGAAGGUCAUACAGUUAACAGAAAUUUGAAUUCAGGUUGGUUGGAUAGAUGUGCCAAGCAGAAUAAUUUAGAAUAUUCAACGUUAAAUUUGCAAAGACUUUCGGGUACCAAUGAUUCGGGAAUCGAAUUAAUGGAAUCCAGCAUUCCAUCACCUAAAGAAUAUAUACAAGCACCUACGACCGUACAAAUGUCCGACGAAGAAGAUUUUGUUUGCAACAGCGACUCAGAAGAAGAACGUAAAAAACGUAUUAGAAAUAUUAAAAAAAGAUUAAGCGACCAAGAUAAUCGUCCUGCUAAAAGGAUGUGCGCAGAUAAUAACAUCGGUGUCUGUAUUAUUAUGCAUGAGAAUGGCAAUAUUAUUACACCACUAAAUAGAGAAAAAGCCUGCACCGAUUAUAGCGUUUCCACGAUCCCCGGAAUUAAAAAUAAUAAUACGAGCGAUAAAGAAACAAGUAAAACUACUAGCAAUGAGGAGGACAAAAACAAAAUCAACAAUACGCUACAUAAUGUAAAUACAAAAGCAGAAACAAGUAAUGAAGAUGUAGAUGAAAUGUCAAACAAAAAACAAUUGCCUCGCCGCAAAGUUACUAGGAGGAAAAUUGGAAAUGUUCUAUCGGACGAUGAAGAUGUUGAUCCUGAUUUCAAUGAAAACGAUAUAAACAAAGAUAGAAAGAAGAGUACAAAGAAGAAAGAUUCGACUAAAACCCAAGCAAGUGCUACUAGUAAAAGAAACACUACAAAUGGAACGAAUAUCAAAAAAGAGAAGAAAAGUUCUACAGGAACGAAUAUAAAAAAAGAGAGGAAAAUUACUCCGGGAACGAAUAUCAAAAAAGAGAAUAAAAGUACUCUGGGAACGAAUAUCAAAAGAGAGAAGAAAAGUACUACAGGAACAAAAAGAUCUUCUAGAAGGAAGAAAAAUGUACAGAAUGAAGAUGAUUUGGAUGAACAGUUUGUACAAUCUGAAACAGAAAAUGCAGAAGAGAGACAGCCCACGAUAUACGCGAUAGAAACUUUAAAAGCUGUUCCACGUUUCGUCAUUAAUAAAAAUGGUCAAGGAGAUCUCAUCGAGCUAUGCACCAAGUCAGUAUCUUCUAAUGCUGACAACGUAUCCAUUGAUCCCGCUGUGUCCACGGAAAUAAUUAAAUCAAAAUCAAACUUAACAGAUAAAGAAAAAUUAGAGAAAAAGAUGGCCGAUGGAAAGAUAAACGAAAAUUUUGUCAGAAUAAAUUUGAAAAAGAAAGUGUUUGUGCGCGGUAAGAAAAAUUUUAAUUUUUCCAAAUACAAGAAAAAUCAAUGGAAACAACGAAAAAAGGAGUUAGGAUCUAGCGAGGGUAGUUUGGAUGUGGCAGAUUUCCUCGAGAAACAGAAAAUCGCGACUUGCUUUCAUUGCGGCGACGUUGGUCAUUUUGCGAGACUAUGUCCAAACAAGAAAGGAGAUGAGCUGGUACCUUUGGACAUGGUAGAUGAAAGUUCGGAAUUCCCAACUCUGGAAGAGGCGGAACAAAUGGCUAGUCAAAACGCAGUUGUGGCACACGCUCAUAGAAUCAGUUCAUUGCCGCAAAAGCCGGCUUACUCUUCCAAGACAGAGGAUGAGUUGGUCAAAGAUGAAACGGAGAAUAUCAACAGUUCCCUUGAAGAUUUAUGGGAACCUAUCGAGGACGAGGAUCUUCUGUGCAGCCACAAAAUUCCCGAAGACUUAAUAUCCAAAUUAUUACCACCCGAGUUCGAUACUAUACGGCCUUUGUACGACACCAAAGAAGAUCAAUCGUGCAUAGAAACACCAGCCGAAGUUUUCGAAACAUUGCGGCGAUUUGGACACGAGAACUUCAGGCCUGGACAAGAGAAAGCUGUGAUGAGGAUACUAUCUGGUCAAUCGACAUUAGUUACCCUGUCCACUGGCUCUGGCAAAUCUUUGUGUUACCAACUACCCGCGUACCUUUAUGCGAAACAUUCGAAAUGCAUCACUCUAGUGAUAUCACCGCUGGUAUCUUUGAUGGACGACCAAGUGACAGGCAUUCCAGAAUUUCUAAACGCGGCGUGCUUGCACACUGGUCAAACGCAAAAAGUGCGGGAUAAUAUUAUGCAAAUGGUGAAAAAAGGUAAAAUCGAUAUCCUGCUGAUUUCUCCAGAAGCUGCUGUCGCCGGCGAGAAAUCCACUGGAUUCGGAGCUCUGCUCAGGCAGCUUCCACCAAUCGCUUUUGCCUGCAUAGACGAGGCUCAUUGUAUCUCGCAGUGGUCGCACAAUUUCCGUCCAUCUUAUCUCAUGGUUUGUCGAGUGCUCAAAGAGAAAUUAGGGGUCAGAACGGUGUUGGCUCUGACUGCCACAGCAACGAAAACAACGGCCGAAAGUAUAGUAAGUCAUCUGAACGUACAUGAUGGAUUGAAUGGCAUCAUCUCCGAUAUUCCAAUGCCACGGAACCUGUUGCUAUCAGUCUCCAGGGACGAGUUCAGAGAUCAGGCUCUAAUCAAAUUAUUGCUGAGCGACAGAUUGAUGGAGUGCGACUCUAUCAUAGUUUACUGUACUCGCAGAGAAGAGUGCACGAGAAUCGCUGGCCUUGUAAGGGUACACUUGCAGGAUCCACGCAAUCCCGACAAGCCCAAUAGCAAAGUAUCUUCGUUGGCGGAACCGUAUCACGCCGGUUUAUCAGCCUAUCGUCGGAAAACCGUGCAAAAUGCAUUCAUGAGCGGUCAAACCAGAAUCAUUGUGGCUACCGUUGCCUUUGGUAUGGGUCUUAACAAGUCAGACAUUCGCGCCGUUAUACAUUAUAACAUGCCCGGAACCUUCGAAAGCUACGUCCAGGAAGUCGGAAGAGCCGGUCGAGACGGGCUCCUGGCGCACUGUCAUUUGUUCUUGAAUCCUAAAGAAGACAAUGACAAAUGGGAGUUGCGUCGUCAUAUCUACGCGAAUGGAGUCGAUAGGCACACAAUCAGACGAUUACUUCAGAAAGUUUUUGUUCCGUGUUCGUGCGCAAAACUGUGCGAGAAAAAUGCCGAUCGAAGAUGUCCCGGACACGAGGUUGCUAUACCAGUGGAGGAAACCGUCGCAGCUUUGGAUAUUACAGAAGAGUCGAUUUCGACCCUUCUAUGCUACCUCCAACUGCACCCGAAAAGGUUUAUCACCGUUCUCUCGUCCGUCUACGUAAGAGCUAGGGUAUCUAGCUACGGUGGCCCGCAAGCUCUAAAACAGGCAGCACAAUCGUCGCCGCCGCUUGCAAUGGCGAUUGCUUUAGAUUUGCAAAAAGGUAUAUCCCACGAGGACAGCAGCCUUAUCCAAUUUCCAGUCGUAGACGUUGCAUCGGCUAUUGGCUGGGAUAGCGGAGUUGUAAAGAGCCAUCUUAAAAACCUGGAGUGGAAGACAGUUAACGGGCAAUCCAAGCGUUCAUCGAUUUCGGUGAAGUACGACAAGCUAGGAUUAAGAGUGAGAGCUCCUGGCGAUCUCACGGAAGAGGAACUGGAUGAAGCACUGGAUGCAUUGGUUAACCGUGCGCAAUUCCAAGAAAUCUCGGCUUUGCAACAACUCGAGACAAUUAGCGCGACAGUGCAUAAGUUUAGCAUGCCAUCGGUGACUCAGUGCUUGACCACAAACGAAGACAUGACUAGCAAAUCCGAAGAUAUGAAGAGCGUUAUUAGAAAAUACUUUGCCGGAGAAGUACUUCUGAAUUUCGAUCCAAAGCAACAAGUGAAAAUACACAACGAGACGGAGGUGGUCGGUGAUAUUCGAAACUUAAUUGUAAGCUAUCGAGAUACUAAUUUCAAUGGCCGCGCGGUCGCUCGAAUCUUUCACGGUAUACAGAGUCCGAAUUAUCCUGCAUACAUUUGGAAUAAAUGCCGCUUUUGGAGAUCUCAUCUUUCCUGUAACUUCAAUGCUCUGUGUCAAUUGGCAACUAGAGAAAUUUUAGCAUUGCGUUAGUAAAACACAUGUUGGAACAAUUGUAAUUUAUUUCUGUAGGACUGUUAGCUUGAUCUCGAAUCGUCAAAGAAACUAUUCUUUACGGAUGAUUCUGGAGACAUAUUAUAGGAUAAGUCAAUUGUAUAAUAGAUUUUCUAAUCGUUUUCAACGGGUGCUGGACCGAGUAAUUUUAUUUAGAUAAAAACAAAAAGAAAGGAAUAUCGAUUAUUAAAGAUUGUAUAUCGCUUUAUUGCUUCGAUAACGAGUGACAAAGUUAUUGAUAUAAGUUGUGAUAUGCGAAAUAUUUACUUACAAGUGCCUUAAUAAAGUAACUUAUUUUUUACAUUUAUGAAAUAAAGUUUAAUAUGAACGGU